AGGUGAGCGAGCGAGGAGGUGAAGUGGGUUCUGAGCAUGUUUGGCCCUUUGUUCCCUGCUCGUGCGUGUGUCCGGGUACGUGAGUUCCUUAGACGUCCGUCUGGCCGUCCGUCGGGCUGUCGGGUCACCGGAGUGUGCGUGGGAGGACCGGGCCCGCGUGCCCCUCUCCACUCCCGGGGUGCUCGGUGCUUCCCAGUCCUCCCCUUAACUUCCUCCCGGCCCGCCCGCCUACCUUGAAGUCUCCCGGCUGAUCCGGUGUCUCCUCCUCCGUCCCUUCCCCUCUCUCAGGUCGCUAUCACCCUCGGAGGUCAGGGGCCCGCACUGUGAAGGUGACCGCCGUGGGGAGGAGGGCGACGGUCCCUGGGGGGAUGAUGGCCGGGGCCCGCCUCUCCCAGGCCCGCAUCCCAGCGGUCGCCGUGUGGCUCCUUUGCUCGCUCGGCCUUCUGGGCACCGAGGCCGGGCCGCCGCCCGUGCCCCCCAGUCUGCUCACGGCCGACAACUGCCUGGACCGCUUUACCCCCGGGGUGCCUGCCUUCGUACUCGACACUGACGCCUCGGUGAGAAACGGCGCCACCUUCCUGCGCUCCCUCACCGUGCGCCGCGGCCGGGACUGCGUGCACGCCUGCUGCAGCUCCAACGACUGCAAUCUGGCGCUGGUGGAGUUGCAGCCCGACGGCGGGGAGGACGCCAUCGCCUCCUGCUUCCUCAUCAACUGCCUCUACGAGCAGAACUUCGUGUGCAAGUUCGCGCCCAGGAAGGGCUUCAUCAACUACCUCACGCGGGAGGUUUACCGCUCCUACCUCGAGCUGCGGACCCAGGGCUUCGUAGGGUCCCGGAUCCCCAAGGCCUGGGAAGGCACAGACUUGAAGGUACAGCCACAGGAACCCCUGGUGCUGAAGGGUGUGGAGAACACAGAUUGGCACCUACUGCAGGGUGACACAGACGUCAGGGUAGAGAGGAAUGAUCCAGACCAGGUGGAGCUGUGGGGACUCAAGGAAGGCAGCUACCUGUUCCAGCUGACGGUGGCUGGUUCAGACCAGCGAGAGAGCACGUCCAACAUCACAGUCACCGUGCUGUCCCCCAAGCAGACAGAAGAAUAUUGCCUUGCAUCCAGCAAGGUGGGCCGCUGCCGUGGUUCCUUCCCCCGCUGGUACUACGACACCACAGAACAGAUCUGCAAGAGUUUUGUUUAUGGAGGUUGUCUGGGCAACAAGAACAACUACCUUCGGGAAGAAGAGUGCAAGCUCGCCUGCCGCAAUGUGCAAGGCCCCUCAGUGGAAAGGCAUCAUCCAGUGUGCUCUGGCACCUGUCACUCCAGCAAGUUCCGCUGCAGUGAUGGCUGCUGCAUCGACAGCUUCCUGGAGUGUGAUGACACUCCCGACUGCCCCGACGCCUCCGAUGAGGCCACCUGUGAAAAAUAUACCAGAGGCUUCGAUAAACUCCAGAGGAUCCAUUUCCCCAGGGACAAAGGCCACUGCGUGGACCUGCCAGACACGGGCCUCUGCUUGGAGAGCAUCCCCCGCUGGUACUACAACCCGUUCACUGAACGCUGCGCCCGCUUUACCUAUGGUGGUUGCUAUGGCAACAAGAACAACUUUGAGGAGGAGGAGCAGUGCCUUGAGUCCUGUCGUGGCAUCUCCAAGAAGGAUGUGUUUGGUCUGCGGCGGGAAAGCCCCAUUCCCAACACAGACUCGGUGGAGGUGGCCAUUGCAGUGCUCCUGGGAACCUGCAUCGUGGUGGUGGUAGCCAUCCUGGGUUACUGCUUCUUCAAGAACCAGAGGAAGGGCUUCCACAGACACCGCCACCACCACCCCCCACCCUCUACCCCCACCAGCUCCAAGGUAUCCACCACCGAGGACAUGGAGCAUCUGGUCUACUACCAAACAACCCGACCCCUCUGAGCCUGAGGCUCUAGAGGGCUCUAGCCAGUUCUCACCUGGCCCCGCUUCCUCCUUGCCAAGGUGGAGGCCUGGGCUGAGGAAGACUUUGGGACCAGACUCCUCCAGCCUGUUUUCCAGGCCUAUCUGCCUCCAGACCCUCUUGGAGGUGUCUCAGCUAAGCUCAGGCUACUUGUUCCUGAGAAAGCUCAAGGGUCUGCAAGGAGCAGAAAACCUUUGAGCCAGGAGUCCCACGCAUGGUUGGACCCGUCUGCCUAGGACUUCAGAGGAAGUUGGAAUUUUGCUUCCUGUUCAGAGCUGCCUGCCCCCAUCCCACAACCUUGAGAAGAGGCCUGGGGUCGCAUCAGAGGCUGGAGGCCCCAACUCCCGUCCUCCAGAGCUGCCCCUCCCACCCUGCAAAGUCCAGGGCUGGGGUGCGGGGGAGGACGUCCCUGUAUAUUCUGUGUUGUACAGAGCUGCUUUCUGUUUAUUUAAUGCCAUGCCGGGUGGGUGAGAGGAGUGGAAAGUGGCUCUCUGGCCGCUGCCGCCUCUUCCCCUUCCCCGCGGAGUGAGCCCCAACCUGGCCUGGCCUGGCACACAGCCAGAUCCUCGGCACCCCCCAGGGCCCUGCUGCUCCCCUACUUCCCACCGGCCCCAGUCCACCCACAGUGUAAUAAAGUGAUUUGUCCUGUGA